CCAGGACCUUGCACCUAGCAGAUUCAAGUUCUCAACGGCUACGUAUAAGUCAAAAAUGGGACUGUCACUGGACCUAGGGACGCCCGUUAACACGGCGCUCAUGCUCUACAUUCUGUACUCUGUCCAACGAAUCAUCUUUCCCCCAAUCUCCAAACCAACUUCAAUCCCAACGGAAUUCAAGGCUGGGUACUCUUGGAUGCCCAAGUCUCAUCCUCCGACGGUGCUGUUCAAGACAUUUACGCCGAAGACGCUGGAGCCGUUCAAUGGAAAGGACGGAGGAAGAAUAUUGUUGGCGAUUAAUGGAAUUGUAUUCGAUGUGACGGCUGGAAGGAAUUUCUAUGGACCAAAUGGAAUGUAUGGCAACUUCGCUGGAAGGGAUGCGUCGAGAGGCAUGGCGAAGCAGUCGUUCGACCUUGAGAUGCUUACCCCAGUCGAUCAACCUCUGGACAAGUUGGAGGACUUGAAGCCCGAUGAAAUUGAGAAUAUGAAGGGUUGGAUUGAACAUUUCUCGAACAAGUACAUUAUCUGUGGAAAACUUGUAGAGAACGAUGCUAUUUGAAUCCACGAACUUGUUAAGCUUCUGAA